AUGGGGGCGCACAUGCAACAAGUGGCGGAAGUGCGAGGGGGGGCGCAAGUUAAUGGCGCGGGUGGGGGAGAACGGGAGGGAGAGGUUCAGGGGAAAUCAGAGGAGGGGAGCUGGGAGCAGAGAGGUUGGGGGGAGAAGGGGGAAGGGGAGGGCGAGAAUGGGGGAGGAGAGGGGGGUGCGUACGGGAAGCACGUGCUGCUUCCAGAGGACAUCUAUGACGUGAUGCUGGGGGCGUGUGUUCAGUGCGAGGACUGGAAAGGGGCGCUAGCCAUCUACCACCACCUCUCAGCACACGGAGCUGCUGUAUGCUCAAUGAUUCUCGUUCCCUGUUCCUCCGCUUGCCUCCCUUCUACCCAUCUUCUCUCCCGCUCUUCUCCUGCAGUGUCAGCACAGCCAGUUCCAGCUCUCCUUCUGCUCGACCGCCUUGAUUCCCACCCUUCCCCGGACCUCUAUGCUGACGUGGCAGCCUAUACAGCUGCCAUCUCAGCAUGUGCGAGUGUUGGCCAAUGGGAGAACGCCAUCCGACUGCUGACUAGGAUGCAGCAGCAGCCAAUUGGAAAAGAGAUGGGGAGGAAUGGGAAAGCCUCUUCCAUGCCGAAGCUGGAGGUUCGGGGAAAGCAGGAGGUACUUCGAAAGCCUGCAGUUCGGCCGAACGUGGUGACGUGGACGGCAGUGAUGUCAGCAUGUGCAACGGCAGGGCGUGCUGACGUGGCAAGGGAAGUGCUGAGAAGGAUGAUGCGAGAAGGGAAUGGAGAGGAGGGUGAGGAGAAAAGGGAGGGUGAAUGGAAAUGGAAGAAUGAAGGGACGACGGAGAGAAAGGGGAAAACGGAGGGUGAGAGAAAAGGGGAGGGUGAUGGGAACGAGGAGGAGAGAGUAGUUAAUGGACGGAGGAAAGAGACCAGGAGGGAGGAGAGACUGGUUGUGACAGGUGCCACGUCAGCAUCUUGCUUUGAUGCCAUAUCAGACGCCACGUCAGAUUGUCGUCCCAAUGUGGUGACGUGGACAGUGGUCCUGACUGCAUGCGCGAGGGCGGGGGAGUGGCAGCAGGCCGAGGCACUGUUCACCCAGAUGCAGACAAACGGAGUGAUGCCGAACGAGGUCUCGUGGGCGGCACUGAUCAGCGCUUAUGCCAAGGGCGGGCAGUGGGAGAAAGCUAUAGGAGCCCUGAGGGCUAUUAGAGGGGGACGAGGUGGGCAAAAAGAGAAGGGGGGGAAGGAGAAAGAAAAAGAAGCAGCAACAGCAGCAGUAAUAGAAGCAGCAAUAGCAUUGGAACCACCUAAUCAAUCUCAAUCAUCGCCCCUCCCAUCUGCAUGGAACGCUGCACUGCAUGCGUGUGCCAAGGCCGGCAAGUGGAAGCUUCUGGGAAGCCUCGUGCAGGAGAUGCAGGAGGCAGGGUGUUCUCCCUCUGUGGUGACCUAUGGGGUGCUGGUGGGGGGGUAUGGGCGCGCGGGACAAGCAAGACUGGCGAGAGAAGCGUUUGAUGAAAUGCUGGCGGCAGGGAUAAGGGUAUGGGCGAUCCGGGCAAGCACGAUUGAUGAAAUGAUGUCAGCUGGGAUAACGUGA